UUGUGAAAUUCAAGAGUGCAUUUUAAAAAUUAAAAGAAUUUUCAUAAGAAUCUUAUAUAAUUUGUAAUUCUAUGUGAAAAAUUAAAAUUUCCAAUCGAUAGUUUGUUUUUUUCUACACGAAAAUUGAUUAAUCAUGUGUAUAACUUCUAAAAGAAGUUUCCAUUAAUUGCCGCUCCUAUUAUCACUUUUGAUUUUGAAAUAAAGAAAAUUGUCAGAAAAAGGAUUUCAACUACAACACAUCACUGAAAUUUCCUGCAUCACUUAUACAUAAUUUUAUUUUCAAAAAUAAUAAAAAUUUAAAAGUGAAAUUUUAAUUCAAAAAUUUACGAGAAUAAAUUAAAUUUUUUGGUCCGAUGUCAUUAUAAAUGUCAAAGUUGAAAAUUUACAUUAAAUGAUACGUAUGUAUAUGUAUAUAACAGUUAAAAUACAGGCUAUAUAAAAAAGAGGAGGAAAAAAUUAUAUAAUUAUAAAAAUAUAUUAAUAUUAAAGAAAUCAGAGCUGUAAAUUAUGGCAUUAAUUAAAUCAAAAUCAAUUCUAUUUAAAUCAAAAUCAAUUAUUGUCAAUCGAUUUAUCCUGCCAACAACAAAUUAUUUUUCAACAAGUACAAAUAGUAAUACAGAAAUUAAAGAAAAUUCUCAACAAAAUUCAACAAUAACAACAUCACAUUCAUCUAAUAAUGCACGAAAUGUGAAUUAUGCAGAGACACUUAAAAAUUUUAAGAAUGCACUCUCUGGAAUCGCUCGACAAGUUAAAAGUGGCGGAAGUCCUGGAGAACAUAAUCGUGAUGAAAGAUUAAUUAUUGAAACUAUUGAUGGUCGAAGUGGAGAAUAUGUAAACGUAUUCCUCUAUCAUAAACGAUUUUAUUCAGUGAGGCCUCAUCGUGAAAAAGAACAGAAAGAUGCUGAAGAUUUACUCUUUGAUAUGUUCAAAAGUGAUAAGACAACCAAUGGUGAUGUUAUUCCAAUGGGAAAAUUUUUAGCAGCUUUAAAAGCAUGCGGAAUUCGUAAAACUGAUCCAAGAAUGCGAGAAAUGAUGGAAAAUCUAAAAAAAGUUCAUAAAUUAUCAAAUUAUGAAGGAAGCUCUGCAGAAACACAAAAAUUAAAUCGCGAAACCUUUAAAGCAGUAAUCUCAAAAAAUAUAGUUUUGGUUGCAAGAGCAUUCCGUCAUCAAUUUGUUAUACCAGAUUUUCAAAGUUUUUGUCAUGAUAUUGAAGAUAUCUAUUGGAAAUGUAAAAAUAAUACAGAAGGUAAAGUUGCAGCAUAUAUACCGCAAUUGGCAAGAGUUAAUCCGGAACUAUUUGGUGUCAGUAUAUGUACUAUUGACGGGCAACGUUAUUCAAUUGGUGACAUUGAUAUACCAUUUACUGUACAGAGUUGCAGUAAACCAUUAACAUAUGCGAUUGCUUUAGAACAUUUAGGACCUGAUGUUGUUCAUUCAUAUGUUGGACAAGAACCAAGUGGUCGUAUGUUCAAUGAAUUGAUUUUAGAUUAUAAUAAGAAACCCCAUAAUCCAAUGAUUAAUGCUGGAGCAAUAUUAACAUGUUCUCUUUUACAAACUUUAAUUAAACCAGAAAUGAAUUUAGCAGAAAAAUUUGAUUUCACUCAACAAUGGUUUAAAAAUAUGGCUGGUGGCGAAUAUGUUGGUUUUAAUAAUGCUGUAUUUUUAUCAGAACGUGAAGCUGCUGACAGAAAUUAUGCUCUUGGCUUUUAUAUGAGGGAACAUAAUUGUUAUCCUGAAAAAGCAAACUUGAAAGAAAUAUUAGAUUUUUAUUUCCAAUGUUGUUCAAUGGAAGCAACUUGUGAAACAAUGUCUGUUAUAGCUGCAACAUUAGCUAACGGAGGAAUUUGUCCGAUAACCGAAGAAAAAAUUUUAAAACCAAAUGUUGUUCGAGAUGUUUUAUCAAUAAUGCAUUCAUGUGGUACAUAUGAUUAUUCAGGUCAAUUCGCUUUUAAAGUUGGUUUACCAGCCAAAUCAGGUGUUUGUGGUGGUAUGAUGGUAGUUGUUCCGAAUGUUAUGGGUAUUUUUAUAUGGUCACCACCUUUAGAUCAAUUAGGUAACAGUUGUAGAGGAAUACAAUUUUGUGAAGAACUUGUUAAAGUUUUCAAUUUUCAUCGUUAUGAUAAUCUAAAGCAUGUAUCGGGUAAAAAAGAUCCCCGCAAGCAUCGGUAUGAAACAAAAGGUUUAUCAAUUGUAAAUUUGUUAUUUUCUGCUGCUAGCGGUGAUGUGACUGCAUUACGUCGACAUAAGUUAUCUGGAAUGGAUGUAACGUUAGCUGAUUACGAUGGACGUACUGCAUUACAUUUAGCUGCCUCUGAAGGUCACUUAGAUUGUGUUAAAUUUUUAUUAGAAAUUUGUCAUGUACCACAUAACUGUAAAGAUCGUUGGGGUAAUUCACCAAUGGAUGAAGCUGAAACAUUCGGACACACACGUAUUGUUGAAUAUAUUAAACAAUAUGAUGCAGAAAUUGGUGCAACUGAUGAUACAAAUAAAUCAGAAGUUGUUUCAAACACCCUAACAGCUAAUGAGGAGGUAAAAUCGAUUUCUGAUGAAACCGGCAGUACAACAUCUACUUUCGAAUAUGAUCGAAGCACAACUUCUAGUCCUAUUCCAGGUGAUACAGACGAACGAAAUAAACCAGGUUUAUAGUCAUCUGUUAAUUUAAAAAAUAAGAUUUUGAAAUUUUUUUUCAAAAAAUGAAAGUAUUUUUCUUUUUAGAGAUAUUCAUUAAUAUUAUUGAUUACAUUUUUAAUUAUAUUUUGAAUUAUAUUUUAAUGCUGUGCAUUUUAAUUUUAUAAAAGAAGAAAAAAUUCUUAUCAAAAUUAAUUUAAUUCAUAAUUAUUUUUUAAGUUUUAAAAAUUUUAGAAGUACAUACAUUAAUAUUUCUAUGUACACGUUGUAAUUUUAUACUGUUCCAAAUUGUAUAACAAAAGUAAAUUCCUUAAAACGAGACAAUAAUUACAUAUUUAGUUCUAAAAAUUAAGAAACAAAAAAUGUUAAUAAAUUGAAAAAUAUAAAGUUUGAAAAAAUUUAAAUAUAAAUUUUAUAAAAUUAAUGGUAAAAUUAAUUAUACGUACAUAUUGUUGUUAUAGUUAAUUACAGUAUCGAUAAAUUUAUUUUUUUCUGUUUAAUUGAUAUAUUCAUUAGAGAAAAAAAUAAUCAAAGGAAAAUAGUGUAAGACAAAUAUAUAUCUAGGAUGAAAAAUAUUAAGCUAAAUCCGAUAUUACAAAUUUUUCUUCUCAAUACACGCAUUUAUAAAACUAAAUUCAAUCACAAUCUUUAAUGAUAUUCAUAUAUCAUAUUUGACCAAAUUUUAAAAUUACCAACAUAUCUUUUAAUAGCAUUUGAAAAAAUCCAUUUUAAAAAGUGAGACUUUAAAUAGUUCACAGUCAUAAUGUAUAAUCUUCAUGUUAUUCUAAAUCAAUACCAUACGUAUAAUAAAUAAAUCAAAUUUUUAUUAUUUUAUAAGUUUAUGACAAUAAUAAUUUUAGUUAAAUUUAAAAUUAUGUUCUAGAAAAUCGAUUAAAACAAAACUUAAUCUUUAAAAAGCAUAAAAAAUAAUAAAAAAAACAAAAGUCAAUUAACAAAUAAUAUUGAAAAACAAAAAUAAUGAUUUAUAUAUGAAUAAAAAAUAUGCUGUUGCCAUUAACUCUGCUGUGCUGUUAAAAAAUUUUUACCAAAUAGUAAAAAUACUAUAUACACAUAUAAUUAUUAAAAUUGAUUAUAAUAUAAAUUUUAAUUCAUAUUACAUUUUGUUAAUAUUAAGUAUUUACUCAUUAUAAUAUAGUAAAUGUUGUAUUUUGAGUGAUAUUAUAUAAACUUAUAAAAUAAUUAUUUAAAUAAAACAAGGAAUUACAUAAUUAAGAGUUGAAACUUUAGCAAUAUUUAAAAAUAUAUAAUCAUACAUAUUUAUUGUAUAAAUGGUAUUUUUAAUUUCUUAUAUUUUAAUUAAAAUCUCAAUGUAUUAUUUGAUAUUUUUUCUAUACUAUAUAAUAAAAUACAUAAAUAUAUAUAUUUUUUUUUUUGUU